UUGCUUGAUUUGAUAUUUGUGUUUUUUGUUGCUAUUAUUUCAGUCAGUAGUAAGCCUUAGACGAAAUUAGUUUUUACUUCGCUUUUAAAAAUCCACGUUAACAUUUUUAACUGAAAAAAAAAACAUGAAUAUAAGACAAAUUAGUCCUGAACUAAAGUUAAAAGCUCAAAAUGAAUUAAACGAAGUGGAAAAUCGUAUUCCAGAAGAUAUUUCCCGAAUUCGUGAUUGGAUUGAAAAACAACCUCAUCUCAAUGCCAGAACUGACGAUCAAUUUUUGUUGUCAUUUCUUCGAGGUUGUAAGUUCAGUUUGGAAAAGACCAAAUCGAAAAUAGACCUUUAUUACACCAUUAAGACUCUCUCACCACAGCUCUUUCUAAACAAGCAAAUUGACUCUAAGGCUAUGAGAUUGGUCAAGCUUGGACCAUUUCUUCCACUUCUCGAACCUUUGGGGACUGAUGGAUCUCGUUUACACAUCAUUCGUUAUUCCCACAUCGAUUUUGAUGAAUUUAGCGUUGAAGAGAUAUUUAAGAUACAUCUUCAAGUGCUCGAUAUUCAAUUGUUCGAAGAUGAUAAUAUUUGUAUUGGAGGUUAUACAAUUGUAGUUGACAUGUCAUCAUUGUCAUUGAGUACAAUUCUCAAAUUUGAUUUUGUAAUAAUUAAUAAAAUGGCAAUAUUUUGCGAAAAAGCAGCUCCAUUGCGUAUAAAAGGUGUGCAUUUGGUCAAUAUGUGUAAAGAAGCUGCGUAUAUUGUCAAUGCUGUUAAGAAUUUCAUGCCAAAAAGUAUUAAAAAUCGGUUUAUGAUUCAUUCGUCCAUGGAGAGUGUUUAUGAGCACAUUCCCAAAAAAUAUCUACCUACAGACUAUGGAGGCGAAAACGGGAGUUUGGAAAAUACGAUAUUACACUGGGAAAAAGUAUUUCUUCGUUAUAAGGAUUUUUUCGAAGAAGAUGUGAAAUAUGGAGUGAAUGAAAAAUUGAGGAUUGGGGAAAAACGAAGCAAUGAAUCCAUUUUUGGAUUAGAAGGAUCAUUUAGAAAACUUGAGGUGGAUUAGUUGAAAAUGAGACGUUGAAAUAAAGUUUUACCUAUU